UUUUCUUUCCUUCUUAUGCGGGUGCUGCAAUAAAAGAAAAACACUGUUCGGAACAGAUCACUCGUAAAGAUCCGCUUAUUUAGGUCGGUCCCAAUCCGUACAACAGUUCCCCACAUCAACAUGGCCUCGAAUACCGGCGGUGUGAAACCGAUGACCAUUACGGGCCGCAUGGUCCGUGAGCGGGAACGGUUGCUUGGUAUGACCCAGGAGGAACGCGCCUGGAGAGCUCAGUGGCUGAAGGACCAGCAGCUAGCGCCCAAUGAGCCUCGCCAUGUGCCGGAGUAUUGGAAGGAGCGAUUGAAUCCGAUUCGGCGGACUUACAAAGCUCCGCUGGACCUGGUGCAGAAGGCUUUGUCGCCGGUGGUGGGCGAGAAGUGGGCCUUCGCCGUUCGUUUCUGGACCGGUAAAAUUGGCCUGAUUGCUUUCGGUAUCUAUGCGGGAGCUUAUUAUUUCAAGUAUAAUCAAAACGAUUGGACCCGAAAGGGAGGUUGGCGGGUAAUCCAUUCCCGUAAGGCUGUGGUCCCAGGUGAUGAAGGUUAUCCUAAUUUCCCACAACGCUCCAGUCCAGGCGACUAUGCUGCUCGAGGCUUCAAGCAGUCUCCGAUUUAAGCGACAGGCUUAUGAUUUUUCUGUAGAUUAUGGAUGAAUAUGAGGAAAAUAAUUCUUUAAAUUGA